GCUGUGUCGGUCAGCAACACGCUGAUACAACAGCCUGCUGAGACAACGUUAACAAACUAAUACACAGUAAGACAUUCACGAGUUCUAGACUGUUUGACACAGCUUAUGACAGGGCCUUUAAUGGCGAAAAGUGCUCCUACUGCGACCGAGGAUUGUUCCAGCGACACACGACCCCUUUUCUUUUGCUGGGUUUGUAACGCCGCCAGGGGGAUUGGCUGUGGUGUAUGGGUGCGCACUCGAUCUAGACCUUUACCUACUUUACACUACAUACUCUACUUACUCUCACUACUUACUCUCACUACUUACUCUCACUACUUACUCUCACUACUUACUCACUACUUACUCUCACUACUUACUCACUACUUAGUCUCAUUGUCUUACUGUCUUACUACUUAGUGGUACUAGUACAC